AAUUAAAUGAUUUUCUUAGCUAAUAUAAAUUGCCUUGAGAAAACAAAUAUAGUCAGUAGCUGCUGUACCCUUUGAGAAGAGAUAAACCAAGAUGAAAUUCUUUUUCCAUAUUGUAUGCUUUGCGUUAGUGGCACUUCAGGUUUGCAGAUCUACAACCGUGACUGAUGCUGAAACCAAACUUCAACGUUUACGAGAAUUGACAUCUCACAAACUGCAGUCUGCCUUCUUGGACCACACCCGUAUGUCUAACGAAAUCGACGCCACUGCACUUGCUGCCAAAGAGCAUGGAAAAAUCGAAAUUCAGAAGAAAACUGACAAAUACGUUGCAAAACUAAAAGCAGACAAGGCUUUGACACAAAGAUGUCGUGGUUCCCGAGACCACAUUUUUGACCAUUUGAAGCAAUCAAACAUCGACGAAUUAAUUCGCUGUAUUGACCACGCUGGAAGUCAAAGUGUGAAUGUUUUGGCUACUCAACGACUGUCAUUGACCGAGUACGUUUGGGACGCUAUUUUUGAAGAAGAGAAACAUAUUAUCGUUUGUGGUCAAAAUCGCAAAUGUCUUGCUGCCGCUGUUGCUGAUCUUGAAGACAAAAUCGAUGAGGUGAAGAAAGUGAUCGAUGCGGAAGUUGAAAUUAGUAAGCACAACAAGGAGGUCCAAGUGCAAAUAAUCAAAUCUUGUGCCAGUAAGAGUAUUGCAAAUGUUGAGCAUGAACUUAGCACUAUACCCACUUGCAUGUAUUAAUUUUAAUUAUCCGACUAUGUAUUAUGUAUUUCUGUCACAAUAAAGUAAAAUAACAAGAAA